GAUUGGUUAAACCUCUUUCGAACUGCUUCUUAGACGAAUUGUAUUUUUGUUCCUGUGUCAAAAAGACAGCUAGCUGAUAACAAGCUACAGGAGCCACCUGUGGCAGUUAGCUAUCGAGCAAACCGACUUUAUCAGACGAAACUGACAACAUAUUGGACUUUAAAACCUUUAGACGGCACGUUUCAUCUGAGGACCACAUCGGAUAGCAGUUUCACAAGGGAAAGCUUUGGAGAAUAGCUAGAUAGCUUGCAUUGCUCAGCAAGCCCACCGCUAGCUUAGCCUUGUUUGGUAGUAACACUAGCAAGUCGACCGACACUACAGUGAGAAAUUGGUAUUGAUAAUUUGUAAAUUCUUUAAACGUCUUAAUAUAUGUUGCAGUCUUGAUUGAUUGCAACUUUUAGAUUCGUUAUCAGUGGUUUCCGUCGGUCUCGUUGUGGAUCACCGGAUCGGUCUCGUCGGCCGGUUGGGUAGCAGUUAGCCAAGUUUUCUCAUUUGAGAUAAAUUUGCUGGCUAUUAGAAAACCCCACACAGCUGGAAAUGAAUUCAAACGUGGAGAACUUGCCGCCUCAAGUGUUGAGACUCGUCUAUAAAGAGGUUUCCGCCUUGGCAGCAGACCCUCCGGAGGGGAUCAAAAUCUACCCCAGUGAAGAGGACAUCACAGAGCUGCACACUGCCAUUGAGGGCCCAGAAGGAACUCCGUAUGCUGGAGGGGUAUUCCGGAUGCGUUUGGUCCUUGGGAAGGAUUUUCCUGCUGCACCUCCCAGAGGCUAUUUCCUCACGAAGAUUUUCCAUCCUAAUGUUGGGCACAAGGGUGAGAUCUGUGUCAAUGUACUGAAAAGAGACUGGAAGGCAGAGCUGGGCCUAAGACAUGUAUUGCUUACCAUCAAGUGCCUUCUGAUCCAUCCUAACCCAGAGUCGGCUCUGAACGAAGAGGCUGGGAGGUUACUUUUGGAGGACUAUAAGGAGUAUGCAUCCCGUGCUCACCUUCUUACAGAGAUCCAUGCUAUGGGAGGCACGUCAGGGGCCCUUCAAGAGCCCGCUGAUGGACCCCAACCUAAGAAGCAUGCAGGAGACCCAAACAAACGUGUAGCCGGGGCUGGUUUGCCAACAAAUGGUGUUGCCACCAACAAUUUAAGUAACAGCAGCUCCAGCGGCACAAGCAGUAGCAAUACUAAUAUAGUUGCAAAGAAGAAAACGGAUAAAAAACGAGCUCUGAGGAGGCUAUAAAAGAGAAUGAAUCUGUGCUUUUUGUGUACAUAUAAAUAUUGAUGUGUGCAGACCACCUUUUCUCCUCCUCAAACUGUCUUUCCAUUUUUAGGAUAGCACAUUCAUUUUGGCAUGCUCCUACCAGAUCACUCCUCUCAUUUUUGUUCCCUUGUCUCUUUCAACUUGUUCUCAGGACUUGAACUGUCCUUGUGACAAUUCUCUCUUUGUUCCGUUCACAAAAGGGGUUUUCAUCUGUGUUUCAGAAGUUUUACGAGUAUGAAAACAGUAGUAAAAGUUUUGACAGUUCAUUUGUGGCCUCGACAAUUAUAUCAUGACCAUAAGCAAGAUUUUGGUGUGUACUGUCUGCAGAGAAUUUAUAAUAUUUAGAUUGCAGGUGUGAUGGGACAGUUACUGUAAUUCUGUCCUACUGUAGUACUGUACUGUUUUUCUGGGGUUUAAUGAAGAAUAGUACAUUGCACAGGAUAUGAUCGUUGUGUGUGUUUGUGGUGAAAGAUACAAGAUCAGGAAUAACAGACAGGGAGUUAAAAUGUGGUCUGAAUAUUACUCGUAUGAAUAUUACUACUUUGUUUGUUUUAAUGGUUUUUUUUGUGAGUGCAUAUUUGUGUGGUAUUAUUUUUAUAGUUUUACUAAAUUUGUCUGUUCAUUUCUAUUUUGUAGUUCACUUUUCAAAAGGCCUUUUUCCAUUUUUUAAGUGAAUGGCUACAUUUACCUGACACUGACGCUUGAGAUUGAGUCCUUAAAGCCUUUGGGUCAGUUGGGGUAGAGCAUUGGGGCUAAUAGUUAAUCAUGAAAUAUGAGCCAGAAGUGGUGUUCAGUGUUGUCUUUUAAAUGAAGUAGUUUGGUUAUACUUUUCAAUAAGAACAUUUACUCCUUUUUAUAUGACACAGCUGCAAUUUUCUCUGGCUCUCUUGAUCUCUCAAUCAAAAGGCUGUUAAGGAAUCUCUGGUAGUCUGUUGUUGCCCAUUGUUACAUUAUAUGGGGCCUUCAGUUCCCAAAGAUCCUCUUAACAAAGUGAUAUGAACUUUGGACAAGAUGCGUUUGCAGAAACAGUUUGCGAACAUAUUUAAAAGUUUGUGGAUAAACUAUAGGGCAUUUUGUGGCCAUUUAAGUUAUUUAAAUUAAUAAGAAAUAAAUAAAUUUUUGAGAGCAGUUCGAUUUUUUUCCUUUUA